UUAUGAUGUGAUUCCCUCAGAAUUUCAGGGAUGGGAGCACAUCUCAUCCUGCCUCUGCCCAUCACCCCUCAUGUUUUGGUCACAUCAGAUAUUGCCUUCAGACUUUCUCCCUGCUCACAGCACAUACAUAGCAGAGGAGGAAUGAUCGUGAACAACCUUUCUCUGUGCUACCAGAACAAACUCAUCUUGGCCCCUAUGGUUCGGGUUGGGACUCUCCCAAUGCGGCUGCUGGCCCUGGAUUAUGGAGCAGACAUUGUUUACUGUGAGGAACUAAUUGACCUCAAGAUGCUUCAGUGCAAGAGAGUUGUCAAUGAGGUGCUCAGCACAGUGGACUUUGUAGCCCCUGAUGAUCGAGUAGUCUUCCGUACGUGUGAAAAAGAACAGAACAGGGUAGUCUUUCAGAUGGGGACUUCAGAUGCAGAGAGAGCCCUUGCUGUGGCCAGGCUUGUAGAAAAUGAUGUAGCUGGUAUUGACAUCAACAUGGGCUGUCCAAAAGAAUAUUCCACCAAGGGAGGAAUGGGAGCUGCUUUGCUGUCAGACCCUGACAAGAUUGAGAAGAUCUUGAGCACACUUGUCAGAGGGACAUGCAGACCUGUGACCUGCAAGAUUCGCAUCUUACCAUCGCUAGAAGAUACCCUGAGCCUUGUAAAGCGGAUAGAGAGGACCGGCAUUGCUGCCAUUGCAGUUCAUGGGAGGAAGCGUGAGGAGCGGCCUCAGCACCCUGUCAGCUGUGAAAUCAUCAAAGCCAUCGCUGAAACCCUCUCCAUUCCUGUCAUAGCCAAUGGAGGGUCUCAUGAUCACAUCCAGCAACAUCUGGACAUAGAGAACUUCCGACAAGCCACAGCUGCCUCUUCAGUGAUGGUGGCCCGAGCAGCCAUGUGGAACCCAUCUAUCUUCCUCAAGGGUGGUCUGCGUCCCCUGGAAGAGGUCAUGCAGAAGUACAUCAGAUAUGCAGUGCAGUAUGACAACCACUACACCAACACCAAGUACUGUUUGUGUCAGAUGCUACGUGAACAGUUGGAGUCACCGCAGGGAAGGUUGCUCCAUGCUGCCCAGUCUUCCCAGGAAAUUUGUGAGGCCUUUGGCCUUGGUACCUUCUAUGAGGAGACCACACGAGAGUUAGAUGCCCGGAGGGCUGAGCUUUUGGCCAGGACUCCAGAAGAGUUGGGGGAGCCAGCUGAAGAUUCCUCCGGUGUCAUUAAGAUGGCCGUCAAGUUUGAUCGAAGAGCAUACCCACCCCAGAUCACCCCCAAAAUGUGCUUGCUGGAAUGGUGCCGGAGAGAGAAGUUAACACAGCCUGUAUAUGAAACCGUUCAACGACCUCUAGAUCGCCUAUUCUGCUCUACUGUCACGGUUGCAGAGCAAAAGUACCAGUCUACCUUAUGGGACAAGUCCAAGAAACUGGCAGAGCAGUCUGCGGCCAUCGUCUGUCUGAGGAGCCAGGGCCUCCCUGAGGGUCGGUUGGGUGAGGAGAGCCCCUCCUUGCACAAGCGCAAACGGGAGACCCCUGACCAGGACCCUGGGGGCCCCGGAUCUCAGCAGCCAGCAUUUCCUGGAGAGCUAUGCAAGAAGCCCUUCAUGGCCUUGGAGAGUGAAAUGAGCCCCCUGGAAGGCCGGUGACUACUACUGCCUCUGCCCUGGUGACUCACUCCAUGAGCCUACCUCUGAGAUGGCCUUGGAUACCAGAGGAUAAACCAGAUGCCACUGGGCAAUUUGGUGGUCCUAAGUGGAGGGAGUUACAGGUCCAGGCCCAGGCCAUUAGCCUGAAGCACAGGCCAAAGAAUACCCCAGGGUACAUCCCAUCUUCCCUGGUGGGUCUGAGGUAUAGGGCCAAGUUUCCAGAUUUGGGUUUUUUUUUUUUUUUGAAAACAGGAAGCUUUUCAGAUGACACCUCAUCAAGCUGACAUUGGUGCAGUGCAAUAAAGAUACCCCCUAACCUCACCCAUGGCUGACCACUUAAGCCUUGGGCAUCUUGAAACAUGGA